AUGUCUCCCGCAGGGGGCAUAUGGGCCCCUAUGACCCUGCGCAUGCUACGCACGCACUUGGUCAGUCAUGCCCGCAUGGCGACUAAGAUGCUGCGGUCCAAGCUCUCCGCCGCCACGCGGCCUCUCAACUCCGAACUUCAACCCGUCGCCGUCCGCACCGGAAAUGCUCGCCAACCCGUCCACCCCGCCGCCUGGCUCCGCCAGCAGAAGCGUGCCGGCGGAGCAAAGUGGUUCUCGUCUUCGCACGUCAACGCUACCGUCCGCCGUUUCCUCAGCACGGCGAGCGGUGCCAAGCCGGGCUUCCGCUUCGACCGCUCCAAGCUCCCAACUUCCACCAUCUCGCGGGCCGUCAACCAGCUCACCGGACGGGCCCCGUUCGCCUCGACCCUCCGCCCGAACCUCACCGGCGGCACCCUCGGCCGCACAGCCGGCGGCUACGGCAUCCCCGGCGCUGGCCGCAUCGGCGGUGCUCGACACUUCAGCCACACCCCCGUGGCGCCGGCUCAGGUCGUGCAAAACGUCAGCCAAGCGAUGCGGGCGUUCUGGCUCUCUGGCCAGCGUGCCCACUUUGACGGCGUGGGCCCCAAGGGCGAGAAGCGAUACCGUGCCGUGAGCGCCGAGCAGGAGGACGCUCGCCUACGCAUGGCCAGCGCGAUGAUGGCACGCCUCCCCGUGCCCGGUGCGUUUGUCGACUUCAAGAUCAGCCCCACCGUUACCGCGCUCAGCCCGCUCGGCGUGCUGGUGCCGUUCAUGAGCACCGAGGAGAAGGCCGCGGCCGGCGCGACGCUCAACACCGAGGGGUUCCUCGACGUGCUCUCUGUUGACUUUGCCCGUGCGCUCAAGGACUUGGCCGCGGUCAUGACGGAUUUGAAGAAUCUCUCCGGGUUAGGGGACUUACCGAUAUUUUUGGAGAAAAACAACAUACUGCGAGUGCGCUUCCCUGGCAUGGACGCCGAGGCAGUCGAGCGGUUAUGUGACGAUGUCGGGGUCAAGCGCGGCGUGAUUGGGGAAGACCCGGAGUUCCAUACCAACCCCGCUGUCGAGGUGGCGCUGCGUUUCCCCUUUGCGCCUGAUGCGGGGAACGGCGAGGAUACUCUCACUUCUCCCGGCGGGUCGCUUCGGUCGCGUCGCUCCGGAUCGUCGUCUGAUAUCGAGGAAGCUUUCAUCAUGGACGAGUUUGCUGACAACCCGUGGCGUCUCUCGUCCGGGUCGGGACUCGAAGAGGGAUACGAGAGCAUGUCACCGCCGAUUACCGGUAGCUCGGGAGAGCAUUGUUCGGGGGAGUUUGAAGGCCUCGAGGGCAUUUAUCGAUUUUUGGAAGAGUGUGAUAAGGUCAGGGGGCGUUUCCAGUCAUGA